ACAUAUACUAUGCAAUACACUUUGUUUUAAUCCAAGCGAGGAACAUAUCGACCUAGCAGACUAUACAGUACUAUAGACUGUGUUUACACCUGAGUGUUGAAUGAUUACUAUCAUGGAUUCCCUACUGGAAUCAGGCACCGGCUUUACGGUGUCACCCAAGUUUGAGGACAGCACUGAACUUGCUAAUGGAUGGCAAGAUGUCGAGAGUCUGGCAAUGAUGUACCAGGACAACACACCGUAUGAGAACAACAUCCUGCAAGCUAUCAGUGGGUCAAGUGCUUCACCUCAGCAAAACGUCAACACCGCACCUCAGAACUCUCCUAUGGCAAACUCGCCCUGUUCACCAACUCAGAGCGAAAUGUAUGAUGACUUAUUAGACUUUGAUUUCAUUCUUUCCAACACCAUGGAUAACGGGUCGUUGGAUAGCACCACAUUGUACCCUGAAGAUAAUGGACAGAAAGUCAAGCGAGAGCCUCUCGGUGUUACGGCCGAGACACUGCCAGAUUUCCACUCUACAUUCAUGGACAUUCCUGAUAUUAUGAAUAGUAUGUAUGAUAUGGAAAAUAUGAAAGCUGACUUUAGAAAACAACAAAUCAUCGUUCCUAAACAAGAGUGCAACCGAAAUACAGUGACUUCGUGUGCCUCAUAUAUGUCCAAUAACAAUUCUGCUGUUGCCAUGGCUAGACUUAACUGCACAAUGAGUCCAGUGUCUCCACAGCAGCAACAACAGCAGCAACAACAACAACAACAACAACAGCAACAACAACAAAUACACUACCAGUUAAAUAUUCCUGGUAAUUUGUCACCGCCAGCCUCUCCAGAACAUCAGGACGACCAGGUGAAAUGCCGUGCCCCUCUUUCCAUUCUCACACAGCAUCCACAGAUCCACAGAAUUCCUCCACAUCAUCAACAGAUACAUCAUCAGCAGACAUCGCCACAGGCUCAGCAGCAAGCUUUUAUGAUGUCCACACAUCAUUUCCUACCUAAAAUGCCUCUCCCUCAGCAACAUAUGAUGCAGCAUCAGAUGAUUACACCGCCAUCUUCGCCACAACUUGUUGACUUGUUGCUGCCUCAACAACCUGUUGAUCCAUCUUCCUGUCAACCGAAAAAGCGAGGACGACGGAGUUGGGGAAGGAAGCGACAGACAAGUCACACAUGCUCACACCCUGGCUGUAGUAAAACCUACACGAAAAGCUCCCAUCUAAAAGCGCACUUACGGACUCAUACUGGCGAAAAGCCAUACGCAUGUACAUGGAAAGGAUGUGGCUGGAAAUUUGCGCGCUCUGAUGAACUUACCCGUCAUUACCGUAAACAUACCGGUGAUCGCCCCUUCCAGUGCCACUUAUGUGAACGGGCCUUCUCCAGGAGUGACCACCUGUCACUCCAUAUGAAGCGUCACAUAUGAACUGACCAUCACAAACCAGUGUGAUACCCAAAGACUUCGGUCUGAAUCAAGAGACAUUUCCGUGUUCAACCUGAAGAAACACUGCAUUCCAUUUCAUUAUCAAUUGAUCACUAAGUUGUUGUUAUUGUAGAUUAUUAUCUAUAAUGGUUGUUUUUGUCAACACAAUGUUGAUAUAUGUCAUGCAAUUUUAGAUGGUGAUUUAAUAUUGGAAAUAAGUGGUGAAGGUUAGGAAAUCUCUAGUAUCGUUUUGUACCGUAAAGGGCAGUUUUAAUAGGUUUGUAAAUUUGUCGGCUGGUCCGAUAGGAACCUUCAUUAAACGUCCUUGACAAAAUGAUACGUCUGUUUGGGCUGUCCGCCCCGGGAUGGCACCAAAGGAAGGCGAGUAUCGUAAUGUCUGACGGAUGUUAUGUAUACUGUGAAACUAAUAUUUGUAUUACCCAUGUAUGUAUUUAGACCUUUUUCUAAUUUGUAAGGCCAGUCAAGACCAUAGCUAGUUCAUUUCAUCGCUAUGCAACGUAAUUGCCAAUCAAAAAAUCCACCUAUAUACAAGUGCAACGAAGCCAAAAUUGUUAACUUCAAAAAUAUGGUCAAAAUUGUAUGUAGUGUGGAAACUCUCAGGUUCCAGUAUCAAUUCUUGUCAUAGAGUCUAUUUUUGCAUUUAAAUAUAUGAUAGAUUCUGCUAUAUUUUUGUAUGAACAGUUCAAUUUGAUCCCAAUUUUAGAACAUUUCAUUUUUUAUACGCAGACAUGCAUUGAUGGUCCAACUGGUACUUCAUUAUAUCAAUCAGUUAACUAGUACAGGUUUUCGGUAAUGAAAAGUGCAAUUUUAUAUGUAUUUUUAUUUACUUUAACAUGUAUUUAAUACAACGACAAGUGUCAUUUUGAUGUAGACCUAAUCAGGUCAGAAAUAUCCCUAGCUUUACUAUAAGCUUUAUAUCAAUGUAACGUGCUUUAAAACGUAUAUAUAUAUAUAUAAAUAUAUGAUAUGCCCUGUAAAGGGAGACAACUCUUUCUUUUGCUUACCUUAAAGUCUUAAAUUACUGUAGAAAAUUACUCUCUGAUUCUUUGGUGCAGGUCACUUGUCUGAAAUGAUAAAAUUACAAUUUGAAUUGAUGGUAGAAUAGUAUGCCUAUAUAAUGUUAUUUGUUAUUUGCGUUGUUUUAAUAUAUUGUUCUGGUGCUUAUGUAUGUUAUCCUAUGUCGAUAUUAAGUUAAUCAAUUUGUAUAUUCUGUAUAAAUAUAAAAAGCACGAUAAGUCCUAGUCAAAUGUGUUCAAGAAAACCAAAAGUGCCACGUUAAAUUUGCCUUAUUGUUAUUAUGUUAUUCCUAGCAUAGCUAGGAGACAAAGAUAUAGAAAAUCAUCUAAUAUAUGCAGGUCAUGUGAUGAAAAUCAAAUAAAUUUAUUGAACUAUA